AUGUUAUCUAGAUCAACAACUCGCUGUUUAUCAAAAGCUAAUACAAUAAGAUUGGCUAGGUCAAUCCACAGAUCGACUGUUUGUCUCGAUGCUGCUGUUGUGUCUGGAACUUUAUUAGCCAAAUCUAUAAGGUCUAAAAUUGCUGAGAAGAUUGUCGAUUACAAUACUACUAACUUCAGCAAUCUCAAUGCUAGUAAUAUUAACUUCGAUAACUUACAGUUUAGACCAAACUUGACUAUUAUUCAAGUUGGAGGAAGACCAGACUCCUCAGCUUAUGUUAAAGCCAAAUUGAAGGCCGCUAAGUCGUCGAAUAUCCUGUCCAGCUUGUUAAAAUUUGAUGAAGAUAUGUCCGAAGAAGACUUAUUAGAGGAAAUUGACAGAUUGAACAAAGAUCCUAAGGUUAAUGGAUUGUUAAUACAGUUGCCAUUGCCAAAACAUUUUAAUGAAACUCUUAUUACUAAUGCAGUUGCUACCGAAAAGGAUGUUGAUGGGUUUGCACGUUACAAUGUAGGUGAACUAACUAAAAAAGGUGGUGCACCAAUGUUUAAACCAUGUACCCCAAAUGGUAUAAUGGAAUUGAUUAAGACAACUGGUAUUAGCUUGCGUGGUAAGAAUGCUGUUGUUCUUGGUAGAUCUGAUAUUGUUGGUACUCCAGUUGCGGCAAUGUUGAGAAAUGAAGAUUGUACAGUUACAAUCUGCCAUCGUCAUACAUAUGACUUACCCUCUGUGGUUAGAAAUGCUGAUAUUAUAGUCGCAGCAGUUGGUAUUCCUGAGUAUGUUAAAGCCGAUUGGGUAAAGGAAAAUGCUGUGGUUAUCGACGUUGGUAUUAAUUACAAAAGUGACCCCCAAUCUGCCAAGGGUAGAAAACUAGUUGGUGAUGUUGAUUAUGAAUCAGUUGUAAAGAAGGCUGGUUUUGUUACACCUGUUCCAGGUGGUGUUGGACCAAUGACUGUGGCAAUGUUAUGUUCAAACGUCUAUGAUGCUGCUAUUUUACAAGCUGAAAGAGCCCACGAGCACGCAUUUACCCCAUUGGCUCUUGAGAUGAAGGAACCAGUACCUUCAGAUAUUGAAAUUUCGAGAGCUCAAAAACCAAAGAAGAUUACAAAAGUUGCUCAAGAAUUAGGUUUAUUGGAAAGGGAAAUGGAACCAUAUGGACAUUAUAAGGCCAAGGUAGAUCCGAAGAUGGUUAUUAAACGUUUAGACGAACAAGUCGAGGGCUCCGUAUCUGAUAGAGGUAAUUACGUUUUAGUUGCAGGUAUUACUCCAACUCCUUUAGGUGAAGGUAAAAGUACCACAACAGUUGGUUUAACCCAAGCUUUGGGUGCCCAUUUGGGUUAUAAUGCUAUUGCCAAUGUCCGUCAGCCAAGUAUGGGACCAACUUUUGGUGUUAAGGGAGGUGCAGCAGGGGGCGGCUAUGCUCAAGUUAUACCUAUGGAUGAAUUCAAUAUGCAUUUAACUGGUGAUAUUCAUGCAAUUUCUGCCGCUCAAAAUUUAUUAUGUGCAGCAGUCGACACUAGAAUGUUUCAUGAACAUACUUCUAAAUCUAUCGGUGGAUUUUUUAAAAGAUUAGUUCCAUCUAAGAAGGGAAAAAGGGCUUUUACUAAAUCUAUGUUGAAGAGAUUAGAAAAAUUGGGUAUUACUAAGACUGAUCCAACCGAAUUGAAUGAUAAGGAAGUUGAAACAUUCUCUAUAUUAAACAUCGAUCCAGAAUCUAUAACAAUCAAGAGAGUAGUGGAUUGUAAUGAUAGAUUUGUUCGUGAAAUUACUAUUGGUCAAGGUAAAAACGAGAUUGGUAAAUUUCCUCCACGUAAAACUGGUAUGGAUAUCACCGUUGCUUCAGAAUUGAUGGCUGUUUUAGCAUUAUCGACAUCAUUAAGUGACUUGAGAGAAAGAGUUGGAAAGAUCGUUGUAGGUACACAAAAGGAGACAGGCGUUGCUAUCACCUGUGAAGAUAUUGGUUGUGCUGGUGCAAUUACGGCUUUAUUGAAAGAUGCAAUCAAGCCAAACUUGAUGCAAACUUUGGAAGGUACCCCAGUUUUUGUUCACGCUGGUCCAUUUGCUAAUAUAUCUAUUGGUGCUUCAUCUGUUAUUGCUGAUCAAUUAGGUUUAAAACUUACUUCUCCAUCUAAUCCAAUAAAUAAUGGUCAAAAAGGUUUUGUUGUUACUGAGGCUGGAUUUGACUUCACCAUGGGUGGUGAAAGAUUUUUCAAUAUUAAAUGCAGAGCGUCUGGAUUUAAGCCUGAUACCGUUGUUUUAGUUGCCACUUCUCGUGCUUUGAAGUUACAUGGCGGUGCACCAGAUGUUAAGCCAGGACAGCUGUUGCCAGAAGAGUAUACUACUGAAAAUUUAGAGUACUUAAAGAAGGGUUGUGCUAACUUGGCCAAGCAAAUAUCCAAUAUAAAGCAGUACGAUGUUCCAGUGGUCGUUGCUAUCAAUCAAUUCGAAACAGACACUGCCUCUGAAAUUGACCUCAUUAAACAAGAAGCAACUAAGGCAGGUGCAGACUUUGCUGUUCCAUCCAACCAUUGGGCUAAGGGUGGAUCUGGUGCUGUUCAAUUAGCAGAAGCAGUAUCUGAAGCAGUAACUUUAGCAAAUCCAACCCAAAAGUUUUUGUACGAUGUGAAUAGUUCUGUGGAAGAUAAAUUAUUAUCCAUAGCUACCAAAAUGUAUGGUGCUUCUUCCAUUGAGUUAUCUCCAUUAGCAAAGCAACAAAUUGAAACCUAUACCCAACAAGGCUAUGAUAAAUUGCCAAUUUGUAUUGCUAAGACACAAUAUUCGUUGUCUCAUGAUCCAGCAUUAAAGGGUGUACCAACAGGGUUCACUGUUCCAAUUAGAGAAGUUAGAUGUUCUGCUGGUGCAGGGUACUUAUAUGCCUUGGCCGCUGAAAUUAUGACUAUUCCAGGUUUACCAACACAUGCUGGAUUUAUGAACGUUGAAGUUAAUGACGACGGUGACAUUGAGGGUUUGUUUUAA